ACGUGGGCAUAGAAAAUUUAUACCAGACAUUUAUUUCUCUCAAAUUGUAAGUGAAUAUAUUCUAAUGUAUCAUGUGUGAAACAUCUGACGAGAGGUUAUAUUACAUAAGAACUAGUCUUAUGUAUACAGACCUGACAAGAGAGCUACUAUUUAAAGUGUUCAGAUUUCUGAUAAAAAGAGAAAAUAUAACUGACUUUCUCACAUCUCCAGAACAGCAAACAAAAUUAUGGGAACUGUCGAAAAGAAACCUUCUGAACAAGUGUGACUAUAAUUUAGUUUAUGGUCAAGUUUUAAAUCUAGAAAGAUUUGAUAUUUCCCUAUUGAUAAGACUAAUACUAAAUUUGUGUAAAGACGAAACAACAAAGCCACAGCUUGGUUGGAAAACAAAACCUUUACCAAAAGAUGAAAGCCUCGGUGCCGAUCUUCUUCGUUUACGAAAUGUCAGAAAUAAGAUUAUUGGUCAUCGAGCAGACGCAAAAUUAUCAGAAGCAGAGUACAAACAAGUCUGGGCAAAAGUCAAAGCCAUCUUACUAAGGGUUAUUGAGCAAGUUGACAAAGAUUCAAGAGAAGACUUUGAACGAAGAUUAAAUGAAUACCAACAAUUGAAUAUUGAUGCAGAAAAAUCGAAAGUACAAAGGUUACUGAAUGAAUUGCUUCAAUACAAAAAAGAAAUAGAUUUCCUGCAAGAAAAGGUUGAAGAAUUGAUCAAAAGAUCACAGGAAUUCAAAACAUACUUCAAAACAACACCAGAGCGAUUUAUACGUUACAUAAAACUUCUAUUUGAUGGAGGCCGCCUUGUAUUAUGUGGAAUACUAGAUAGAGAGCUAGGUGAACAAGACCUAUUGGAUUUUCUUGAAAGAAAUAAAGACGACUUGAUUAAGAAUAUUGAAGAGAAAUACUUAAGUUGUCUUUACCCACAAGACGCAAAUUCUGUUAACCAUAAAACGUGGGAUGUUUUACUUCUGGCAUUAGUAUUGCUGCUCAUGUUUGAUGAUGGUUUAAGCCAAAAAGAAAUCAGGAACAUCAACCUUAUAAAAACUGCUAGACUGAAUUAUGCUGAUCUUGCGUUACAAUCCCUUGAUCCAGAUGAUUUUCUGACCCAAUGGACGGAUCUUAUCAAUUGUCUGAAUCAACUGUCGGUCAACAUUGCCGAAGACGACAAACACAAAGUUGAAUGUCUUAUUGAACACAAUAAAAGAAAAGACAACAAAGGAUGUAAUGCUGAGGAGUAUUUCAAACAGCUCAAGGAAUCUGGCGUUGAAGUAAAAACCCUGACAGACGUUUACAAUGAAAUCACAUCGCAAUUGAAAGAUACGUUGAGAGAAUUAAGCCAAAAAGGUAUCAAGUUUCAACAAGAUCAUGUUAUGGAAUUAAAGUUGCAGACAACAUGUGAAAAUGAAGAAAUUAGAAGAAAGGCAGACGAUUUGCUAGAAAGCGGUUUUCAAGCUUCCAUUAACGGAUCAGAUCAACCUACAACUUUGAUAAGGCUAGAAACAGACAAAAUAGUAACUUGCCUUACUGCGCAUCCAGAUGUGACGCCCGGAGAAGUUAAACAAAAGUGCAUCCUUAUAUCAUUUAAAUGUUCGACACCUUGUGGCUUACUGCACAUUUUAGAUUACGCAACCAGCAACACAUUUCAACGUUCCCUUCUAAAUAUUGCAAACGAGCUGCACUAUAUGCAGGGAAUUGUCUUUCAUUUGCAAGGCAAUUUAACACUUGAAAGUGUGUCGAGAGUAAUAAAGAUAAUAGGCCAAGAAACAGGUGCCGCUUUCAAAGCACCAAGGGAAGAAACAAUUAUUCCACUCAAAUGUUCAUCUAUUGAUGGAAUAAGAUCAGUGCUUUCCGCAAUUAAACAGGAAAAAACUACCAAUAGUUUGAAUAAAAUUGCAGAGCAGAUAUCAGCGGAGUUAAAGGAAACAGUAUCACUUAACAUUGUUCCAGAUCUGAUGGAAUUGCAAAGUUUCCUCGAUGAGACGGAUUCAGAUGAGUCAGGCUCAUUUUGUAAAAACGAAGAUGAGGAAGAAAUAUUGCAUGGUGUUAUCGGUGAUGCAAUGGACAACGAACAGACCAACUUCAAUCAUCCGAGUACCGCAUCAACAGAGUCAAAUAAAUCGAAAACAAGAAGUGAACAUUCAGUUGACAAAACAAACGAAACGACCAUACAUGAAAAUGCAGAUAAAGAAGCAGAAAAUGGUCACAUAAAGGCUGUGUUGGUCGAUGAAAAAUUGAAUGAAAGUAUUUUAGGUAUCUGUCCGACUGGAUUCCGCAGCCCGAAUAAAGGCAAGAUAGGUAAGGAAAAGGACAACAAACAGACCAACUUUAAUCUGAGUAACGAAUCAAAAGAGUCAAAUAAAUCGAAAACAAGUAGUGAACAUACAGUUGACAAAACGAACGAAAUGACCAUGCAUGAACAUGCAGAUAAAGAAGCGGACAAUAGUCACAUAAAGGCUUUGUUGGCCAAUGAAAAAUUGAGUGAAAGUAUUUUAGGUACCCCUGAAUUACAAAUUGACUGGACAAAUGUUUUCAUACAGUUAUCAAGAUCGUUACCUGCAACACGCUGGAAAUUAUUUGCAUUUCAUUUACUCAGCAAUUGUCAGGAGAUGGUUAGAAGCGUUUAUUAUACAGUUAAUGAAAUUGAGCGAGAAGCAAAGAAUCAGCAUACAGAAGGUGGGGUCAUUCACGCUUACAUUAAAGUAUUCAUGAAAUGGCUUGACAAUGUGGGCAGGACAAAUGCAACCUUUGGACAUAUUAAAGAUGCUGUUUCUGCGACUAUAGAGGCUAAAAAAGCUUCAGACCUAGUUCUUUCUAUCGAAAGGAAUCCGCCUAUGAAAGAAAAAAAACAACGUUAUGCUGCUUUACUUCCGAGCAAAUUUGAGCCAACAUUUAGGAGCAACACUUCAUUACAGCAGUUUAUGGCAUUGCAUAAUGAUGAAGAACCAGGCAACUCUAAUUGCGGGAGAGAAUUAUAUGUCAGAUCAAGUGAAACAACACGUUUCCAAUUACCCCAUUGUCAAUACUGUUCUUUGUAUACUAGAAAUGAAAUAUCCGAUCGUCAUGAAACGCUCACUUCGGUUCAAUCAAACGAAUCCUAUAGAGAGCAAAAUAAAAAACGAAAGAAAGAUCAGUCACAAACUCAACAGCCUAAACGGAGUAUAACAGAAAAAUAUAUCAUUGAAAAUGCAAAAGAAAAUCUACAUUUAGAUUUCAUGCCAAUUCGUCGAAAUGACUAUGACAUGUACAUGAAUUUUGUUAUAGAACUUAUAGCAAACGAAUGUCAGGUUGCGAAAAAAAUAGUAUGGUCGGUCACACAAGCAGGGUAUUGUGAAGCUCACGAAGUAAAUAACAAAGGAAAAGGAACGUUGUUUGUUAUUAAUGAUGAAAGGAUUAAUCUUUGUCUAAGAAAAGAAACAUUUGAAGAAUUAACUUUUUAUGGUAACAUUGCACGGCCAAAACUCCUAAAAUAUCUGACAGAAAGGAAUCCUGAAUAUGAUUCUACCACUUCAGAAAAGUUUAUGUUCAUAAACUUCAAUGGAACACCGUUAUUUGAACACAUGGAAGAUAAAGAUGACAAAAGUGAAAGCAACAUUGUUGCAAAAGAGAAAGAUGCCAAGAAGUAUUUCAAAGUUAACAGUCCAACGGGUUUUUCUAUGGAAGCAAGUUCAUACAUGAAGGAAUCUGAGGAAAACAUAGACGAAUACAAACCCAGACGCAAACAAAACUCAUCCGACCAGUCUACUUAA